UAACGAGAAGGACCGGGCGAAAGCCCGCGUGAAGAAGAAGGAGGACCCGGCUGCCAUCAAGGAGCGAGAGGUCCCCCAGCAUCCCUCUUGCUUGUUCUUCCAGUAUAAUACGCAGUUGGGGCCCCCUUAUCACAUCCUGAUUGACACUAACUUCAUCAACUUCUCCAUCAAGGCCAAGCUGGACCUAGUACAGUCAAUGAUGGACUGUCUCUAUGCCAAGUGUAUUCCAUGUAUCACGGAUUGUGUAAUGGGUGAAAUUGAGAAGUUAGGACAGAAGUACCGUGUGGCAUUAAGAAUUGCCAAGGACCCUCGGUUUGAACGCUUGCCGUGCAUGCACAAAGGAACCUAUGCAGAUGACUGCUUGGUACAGAGGGUCACUCAGCACAAAUGUUACAUUGUGGCCACAGUGGAUAAAGAGCUCAAGCGGAGAAUUCGAAAAAUCCCAGGAGUGCCUAUAAUGUACAUUUCCAGGCACAGAUACAAUAUUGAGAGGAUGCCAGAUGAUUACGGAGCUCCUCGGUUCUAACCUAUCCAGCCAAGCCAGGACUUUGAACCAGAGUAAGGGUCCUUCUGGUUCCAACUAUCCUGCUUUCUUUUUGCUGGGACUCUCCUCAUAGGACUGUGGGUGACAUUCGACUGACUUUGUAGCCUUGAUCUGCUAUGAAAAAGCUACUUGGAAGAGAGUCUAGUUUUAUUCACCCUUAUUCUUAAUUGGUCUGGUUACCUGUGGCUGGGAGAAGCA